AUGGUUAUUUCAAAAUUAUUAUUAUAUAUAACUACACUUUAUUAUAAUAUUUUAUCUUUAUUUGAGGGUAAAAGGGAUAUGAAAAUAUUAAUGAUAGGUCUUGAUGCAGCAGGGAAAACUAGUUUAUUAUAUAGAUUAAAAUUUGGUGAAAAUAUAAAAGUAAUUCCAACAAUAGGGUAUAAUGUUGAAACAGUUGAUUAUAAAAAUUUACAUAUGGAUGUAAUGGAUAUUUGUGGCCAAAGUCGUUUACGUUCAUUAUGGAGCCACUACUAUGAACCAAGUGAAGAUAGUGCAAUAAUAUUCGUAGUUGAUAGUUGCGAUCGAGAAAGAAUGGUGGAUGUUAAAGAGGAACUAACCGAUCUAUGUGAACAUGAAAAAUUAAAAAACUCUCAACUUUUAAUAUUUGCUAAUAAACAAGAUAAAGAAGGUGCUCUAACUUCAAGAGAAGUAACAGAUAUUUUAGAUUUAUAUUCUAUUCAAAAUAGGAAAUGGUUUGUUCAACCAUGUUCUGCGACAACUGGAAAUGGGAUAUUUGAAGGUUUUGAUUGGAUUUCUUCAUCAAUAGGGGAUGUUGACUCUGAAGUUUUCAAAUAA